AUGCGUCAAGAACGGGUUUUAUACUGCCAAUCUUGGAAAUCCCCAGCUACCUCCAAGCCCGUUCGCAGUAAGGACCUGGCAUCGAGCACGUUGACCACUCGCCGCACUUCGUGGAGCUUAGUAGUUCAACAUCGUCUGCAAGAGAAGCCCUCGCUGGCUUUCCCCACUGUCUUAUGGGUGAAGCGCACUUUCAGACUCGGACACAGAGGGAGUGCGAUCGAAUAG